GGUCUGCACCUCUCAACCCGCAUGAACGGCCUGAAGGUGGGGCCCGAGCCCCUGGGAAAGGGAUUCCCGCAGGAGGGCUAAAGUGCUGUGGGGUCCCAGCCCCAUCGCUCACCCUCGCUUGGCAGGUCUUCAAUUCUGGUGUAACUAACUGUCGAGCAUAGAAAUUGGGGUCUGCCCUGGCUGUGCAGAGAACGUGACAGCACCCGAUGGGUUAAACUGUGACAGAGGAAACCAGACUUCUCCUUCUGGGGUGUGACUGCGACUACAUCUGAAAGAUCAGAAUUAAAAAAGAAGAUUCACACUCUGAGAUGAUUAUGGAAGGAAAUUAUGCAACAAAGAGAGGGCUUAUUGGAACUGUUGUGUUACCUCCCAGCUCACUGCCUCCUUGUUUUCCACAUCUUCCAGCCUCCCAACCAUGGCUGCUGGGAGUAGACUUGGAUGAAAUGGACACUUUCUGCUUUUCAGGAUUUUGCUCCACUGAAAAAAGGUUGUAAAGAGCGGCAUCCGGAUACGGAAUUAAGUGAGAUUCCUGCAGCGCACCCGAAAUGCCAUGGAAAUGAAAAAGAGAGCGAGGAGAGACAACAAAUAAUUGGUGGAUGUAAUCAGACUUGUUCUGCAGUGACAUCUGCUUUCCCAUUGCCACCCAUGCUCUGCUCCCUAGAUCAGAGCUGCCCGGCACUUUUCAAUAGCUCCAAUAUUUGGAUUGCAGGCUGGAGUAAGUUCUUCCUCUGCCGGCUCCUUUCAUUCACCCGCAGGCUUGGAAUGAAGCUGUUCCCUGAACAAUGGUCCGGGGAGGGUGUAAGGCAGAGUGACUUCCCGGAGCAGGAAAUGCCAGCAACUGUGAUGCCGGGGAGUCCGGUCCAGCUGAACGGUGUGACCCUGGAGUCUGAACACCCGCAGUCCGUGAGCCAGCCCCAACCUGCCUUCCAGAUCCAGCCCGUGACCCCAGACGCUGCCCCCUGCCAGCCCAGGGAGACGUGGGGUGGGAAGUACGAGUUCCUGCUCUCCUGCAUCGGGUAUUGCGUGGGGCUGGGCAACGUCUGGCGCUUCCCCUAUCUCUGCUACCGCAAUGGAGGAGGGGUCUUCCUGAUCCCCUACUUCGUCAUGCUGCUCUUCACCGGCCUGCCCCUGUUCCUGCUGGAGCUCAGCCUCGGCCAGUAUGGCGCUGCAGGGCCCAUCACCGUCUGGAAGUGCUGCCCCCUGCUGAAAGGGAUCGGCGUGGGCAUGCUGCUCGUCUCCUCGCUGGUGUCGCUCUAUUAUAACGUCAUCAUUGCCUGGACUUUCUACUACCUGGGCAUGUCCUUCCAGAGCCCCCUGCCCUGGUCUUGCGACGCUCCGCAGAACGCCCCCCUCUGCCAGAACACAUCAGGAAACUCCAGUCGGUUCAGCGCCAGCGAGGCCUUCUGGAACGAGCAGGUGCUGGGGGUGACGCACAGCUCUGGCCUACACGACCCGGGCCCGGUGAGGUGGCCGCUCGCCAUAUGCUUGUUGGUCGCCUGGAUCGUCAUCUUCCUGUGCAUGUUAAAGGGGAUCCGCAGCUCGGGCAAGGUGGUGUAUUUCACAGCGACGUUCCCAUACCUGGUCCUCAUCGUGCUCAUCAUCCGAGGAGCCACGCUGGAUGGAUCCAUCGAGGGCAUCCGCUUCUACCUGUCCUCGGACUGGAGCAGGCUACAGAGUGCUCAGGUGUGGAACGACGCUGCCUCACAGAUCUUCUACUCGCUGGGCAUUGGCUUCGGGGGGCUGCUCUCCAUGGCCUCCUACAACAAGUUUGACAACAACGUGAUCAGGGACACCCUGGUUAUUGCCAUCGGGAACUGCUGCACCAGCUUCUUCGCUGGAUUCGCCAUCUUCUCCAUCCUGGGCCACAUGGCGUGGAGGAAGAAAGUGCCGGUGGGGGAGGUGGCCGAUUCAGGUCCUGGGCUUGCCUUCGUAGCCUACCCAGAAGCCCUUGCUCUGUUGCCUGGCUCUGCCUUCUGGUCGGUCCUGUUCUUUCUGAUGAUGUUCACGCUGGGAGUGGAUACCCUGUUCGGGAACAUGGAGGGCAUCACCACGGCCGUGCUGGACGAGUUCCCGGCCCUGCGCGAGUGGAGAUGGAAAACCCUCUUCCUGGGUGCGCUGUGCUUCACCUUCUACCUGCUCGGCCUGCUGCUCAUCACCGAGGGCGGCAUUUACUGGUUCACCCUCAUCGACGCCUACAGCACCAGCUUCGGUCUCAUCAUCAUCACCCUCUUCAUGUGCAUUGGCAUUGCCUUCUUCUACGGAGUGAACCAGUUCUGCCGGGACAUCGUUGACAUGAUCUGCCGGUGCCCGCCCUGGUGCAGCAAGCUGGUGCUGUACUUCAAGGCAUGCUGGGUAUUCAUCACGCCGUGCCUGCUGCUGUUCAUCCUCUUCUACAUCUUCCUGGAGAUGUACAACACGACCCUGCACUACGGCGCCUACGCCUACCCGCGCUGGGGCAAGGCCCUGGGCGUGUGCAUGGGCACCGUGACCUGCAUCCAGAUCCCGCUCUGGGCGCUCGUGGCCAUCUGCAGGGAGUCGGGGACGCUGACGGACCGCUUCCGGAAAGCCAUCCACCCCCUGAACUCCUGGCGCACGGCGACCACCCACGCCGAGGUCAUCGACGUCCCCUACACCAUCAACCUGGUGGACAGCGACUUCGGCAGCCCGUCCCAGGGGAGCAGUGAGGCCUGAGGGGCUGGGGCUGGCAGCAGAACUGGGGCUCCAGGCAGGUCGCUGCCAGUGGUGCCCUCUCCGCUCCGGGCAGCUGCUCCGGGCUCCGUUGUGGCAGGCGGAGGCCGCGGCCGGCGCUCCCGGGUCCCGCUGGAGGCUGCAGCUGGCCCCUCGCCUGCAGGAACCUGCUGCUCUCCAGCCGCAGCGGUGCCAGCAGGGGGUGGGCCGGGGGGGGGCAGGACUCUGCUCAGGGCUGUGGCCAGUCAGCUGCCGGGCGCUUCGCAAGAGGGGCCUGGCCUCUGAACCGUCUCAAAACGACAGGGAAAGGAUUGUACGCCAGAGAAGCGAUUGCACGUGCUCCCAGGUGCCCCCCGGGCAUGGACAGAGAGGGGGGCAGACGGGGGGCCCGGGGCGCAGACAGAGCUGAGUGCUCCUGGCCCAACUGCACGAUUCCCCAGGGCUGAAGCGAGGCUGGGCUGCUGCUGUCCUAGCGCUAUCGUCGGUCCCGGGGGCUGGGCUUGUGGUGGGGGACACCUCCGGCUCUGCACCUGCCAAUCCCACGGGGUCUAGGCCCUGGGUUCCUCGCCUCGGGCUUGGGCCUUGCCAGCCCAUGUGUGGGGUUCUGCCCCCAGCGCCUCAUGCCAGGCUAUGGAUGGGCAUGGAGCCUGUGUGGCUGACUGCCAGGAGUCAGCGCUGGGCUUCCUACCACUGACCCUGCUCGGAGUGGCAGCUGGCAGCACUCAGGCCAGCUGCUCCGUUGGCCAACCCGGCCAUGGUGCUAAUCGGCUCCUGCCCUGGUCUCAGCCUGGGCCCCCAGGCCCCAUAGCAGGGCAGCAGGACACGGCUGGCAGGGCCACAGCCCAAGCGUGCCCCGGGGCGAGGACUUGUGGCCAGGGGGUUGGUGGUGGCACCAGGUUCGUGGUGCACGGCUGGGAAGCACCUUGCCCUCCCCUGCUCCACGGGAACCGCCCAAGGGAGCAGGGCUGGCAGAGGCAGCGAGAUGCAGGGGGAGGGGGUCUCUCCACACGCUGGCCCUGCCGAGGGGCUGGGUUUGGGGGGCCCCGGCUCGCAGGCUGAGGGGAUUUCUCUGCUGCUGAAAUAAAGGCUCAGUGUUUUCUAU